CCUGACCAGAGCCCCAGGAUCAAGAGGCGGCUGGAGUCCUCCGGGAGUCGCGGGCCCAGGACUGCCCUGGCCGCUGCAGCCGCGCCGGCCAAAAAGCACCGGGCGGACGGCGGCCUCGCGGGUGGCCUCAGCCGCUCUGCGGACUGGACGGAGGAGCUGGGCGCCCGCGCGCCCCGGCCGGAGCGCGGGGUGGCCCCGGCCGGCGGCGGUGGGGUGGCCCCGGCCCUGGCCGCCAAGGCGUCUGGGGCGCCCGCGGCUGCGGAUGGCUUCCAGAACGUGUUCACAGGGAGGACUCUGCUGGAGAAGUUGUUCAGCCAGCAGGAAAACGGGCCUCCAGAAGAAGCAGAGAAGUUUUGCUCACGGAUCAUCGCCAUGGGUCUUCUCCUUCCUUUUAGUGACUGCUUCAGGGAACCGUGUCACCAGAACGCGCAAUCAAGCUCUGCUCCGUUUGACCAAGAUCAACUGUAUACCUGGGCUGCAGUUAGUCAGCCUACACACUCACUGGAUUACUUGGAAGGACAGUUUCCCAGGCGAGUCCCAUCUGUGUGGCCACCAUCUAAACUUCCAGAUGAAGAACACAGGCCCAAGGAUGCUGAAACAGAAUCUCAAAUUGCUGUCGUGGAAUCUCCAAAUAAAAGUUCAGAUGAUGUCCAGCAGGCAGUUCUUGACAUGAAGCCUGAGGGACAGGCAACUGUAAUUCAGCAGCUGGAACAGACCAUCGAGGAUCUGAGGACCAAAAUAGCUGAACUAGAGAAGCAGUACCCAGCGCUGGACACAGAGGGGACCAAUGGCCGGCAUGGGCUUGAGAAUGGAGUGGCAGCUUCUGAAGAUUUGUGUCUUGAAGCUCUCAGGUUGAGAGAAAAGGAUGCGAGCCAUCAAAGGAUUGUAGAGGCCAAAUCAAUCCAGACUUCCCCAACAGAAGAGAGUGGGCCACUGAUGCUGCCUUCUGUGGAUGCUCUGCCAGAGGUCCCCCCAUGCUCACCUGGGGCUAAGAGUGGAGAGGCAGCUGGCCCGUCCUCACCCUCUGGACCUCAGACAAAAUUCUGUUCAGAGAUUUCUUUGAUUGUGUCUCCAAGGCGAAUAUCAGUCCAGCUCGACGCCCAUCCAUCUGUACAGAGUAUCUCUCAGCUUCCAGCACCUCCAUCCCUUCCAUGGCCUGAGGGUCAAGGACAGCCUGGGUCACAGCCUUCCCAUUCUUCUCUUCAUCCUGAGUUUGAAACCCACCAUGAACACUCUGUUUUCUCCGCCUUCGAAAACAGCUGUACCAUCCCCUCCCCACCACCUCUGCCUGGCACAGAGUCCUCCAGCUCCAUGCCUGGCCUGGGCAUGGUGAUUCCCCCACCUCCCCCUCUCCCUGGCAUGGCAGUGCCUGCUUUGCCCAGUGCAGCCAUCCCCCCACACCCUCCUCUGCCGGGG